AUGGAUGUGGUCUCUGCCUCGUAUCCAAAUAUCCAACAUCUUACUAUCAAUGUGAAAUAUCAAUACCAGUCUGACGAGGAGAGCAUCAACAGUAGUGAUAGCUUGCAGCUACAUCACCUGGAAGAUCUUAAAUUUUCUAACUACUUGGAUCAUCUUGGUGGGGAGUUAUCUAUCCCUGCUCACAAUGUAAAGCUUUCCAUUCCUCCGGGAGCGUUGGAAGACAGUGAGAAGAUCAGCAUCGAGGUUUUCACUGACCUACCAAAUGGCAUAAAUCUUCAAGACAACGAAGUUGCAGCGAGCUUCGGGUUUAGAUGUUUUCCAUCGGGAUCAAGUUUCAAGAAGCCUCUUACCCUAUCAAUACCUCACUGUGCGGUUAUUAACGAUAAUGAAUCUGUGGGAAUGGUUCUACACUUUGGAAGUAAUGAUGAAGGAGAGAUCAGGCGUAUUCCUUUGGAUAGCAAUAGUUAUGUGAUACAUGCUGACAGAAUCGAGCUUCAACUUGAUCAUUUUUCCUGGGGAAUACUAACAAUGGUCUAUAACUGGCUGUUCCCUGCUACAAAGCGAAUGUUAUGCACACCUUUCAUACCCGAGACCCUUCCGGUGAAUCAGGACUGUCCAACUCUGCGUGUGCGUUUCUACGAUCAACUUCCUGGUCUUCCUGAGAAAAUCCUUGCAGAAGAAGAAUCGUUGAAGUACAAGAAGAUUUAUCCGGAGGAAGAGCUGAUCGUGAAGGAGCGUUCUAUUGACAUGUCUAUUAGCUGCCAGUCAGAUGAAUCACCAAGUACACAGACCAAGGUUAUUACUGCCAAAGAGCUGAUGCAGCAUGCGAAGCUUUCAGUGUGUAUGACCCUUCUCCAGCGAAGUUCAUUGGUUACUUUGAUUAUUACACAGGAACGUGAAAUAACAAUGACAUUCUCGACAGACAUCAAAGAGGCAUCUCCUUUGCUUGGAGAGGUUGAACAGAUUAUUACACCACUGCAAUCCCUGUCACUUAGAGAGGUUCCUCCCAUAUGUCCUCUACCAGGAUAUAGACAUGAAGAAUCACCUGGGGCAUUGGUCCCAUAUGUCCCAACUCCAGAAACAGUACAACGUUCAAUAGCACAGCAAGAAGAGCUACCGUACCAACAUAGACUAGUCGAUCUCAACAGAGACCCUGAUUGCCUGACAGACAACCAGCUUGUGGACAUAUCAAGUAAGCUUCCAUUAGACAAGUUCAAUCCUAUAGCCAUCAAAUUAGGAUCCACCAUGACGGAAACAGAAAACAUCCGAUCAACAAGCAACAAAGCAGAGGAAAUGUACUUCACUGUGUUAACCCGAUGGAAAGAGAGAACGAGAGCGCCAAGGCGACAACUCAUAGAUGUUCUCAGGAGUGUAAAGCUUUUGGGAAUAGUCCAGUCUAUGGGUCUUGAGCAUGACUCUUCCCAAGAAGAUAGUGACUAAACAUAGAAAUAUGUUUUCUUUAAAUGAACUAGUUCGGAGAUGGCACUUGUACACAUGAUGCCACUAUA